AUGAGUUCGACCACAACUAGAGUGAGCAUGUCUUCAUUGUCCAUUGUAUCUAGUAGCACUCAUAGUACUACUGCUGAUUCUACGGGUACCAGUGCUAAUGGAACCACUCAACAAGGUUGCGUUACGAUGUACAGUCAAUGUGGUGGAAUCGGAUGGACCGGUCCGACUACAUGUUGUGCAGGAUCAACUUGUACUCUGAACAAUGCAUACUACUCACAGUGUUUACCAACAGCAGGUUCGUCCUCGUCUUCUAUUUCUACAAGCAGUACCGUUCGUUCAAGCACGGCGUCGUCUGUCAAUGCCAGUGUAGCUGGUGUGACUACUCGCUAUUGGGACUGUUGCAAAGCAAGUUGUGCCUGGCCGGGCAAAGCCCAAGUUACAAAUCAUGUAAAAACGUGUGCUUCAGAUGGUGUCACUGUCAUCGAUCCAAAUGUGCAAUCAGGGUGUAACGGUGGCAACGCUUAUAUGUGUAAUAAUCAACAACCAUGGAGUGUUAAUGCUACUCUAGCCUACGGCUAUGCCGCUGCCAAUAUAGCUGGUCUAUCGGAGGCUACAUGGUGUUGUGCUUGCUAUUCACUGCAGUUCACAUCAGGUCCAGUAAUUGGCAAGCAGCUCGUCGUUCAAGUAACAAACACUGGCGGUGAUCUGGGCAACAAUCAUUUUGAUCUUCAAAUGCCUGGUGGCGGAGUAGGUAUUUUCAACGGAUGUAUAAGCCAGUUUCCAGGUAGCUAUAGUUGGGGUACACAGUAUGGCGGUGUUAGGCAGCGAUCAGAUUGUGCAAAACUACCGGCGGUGAUUCAAGCAGGUUGCUAUUGGCGUUUCGAUUGGUUCAUGAAUGCUGAUAAUCCGACAAUGAUCUUUCGCCAAGUACCGUGCCCAACUGCUCUUACUUCAAACACUCAAUGUAUUCGAAAUUGA